CUAAUAAUUUUGCUAUCUCUUUAAAUUGAUAGGCUCUUGUUGAUGCUCCCGACAUGGUGAGGAGCCAGAUCAACUUCAAGAGGCUUUCCCUCACAGACAUCAAAAUCGACAUCAAAAGGAUUCCAAAGAAGAAGACCCUGGUUGCUGCUAUGGAUGCUGCCGAUGUGAAGAACAAGUGGGAGUCCAGUUCAUGGGGAAGGAAGUUGAUAGUGCAGAAGAGGAGGGCCUCACUUAACGACUUUGACAGGUUUAAGCUUAUGUUGGCAAAGAUCAAGAGGGCCGGUGUCGUGAGACAGGAGCUUGCGAAGCUUAAAAAGGAGACCGUGGCUUAAGAACUUUCUUAGUAGCCACAUUGAUUUAGAACAAUUUUGGAAGUUGCAUUUUUUUACCUUGGCAAAUGUAUUCUCAAUGAAAGAACCCAUGUUCUGUUUUUC